AUGGCCCAGUAUGCGUCGUUGCAUCUGGUGGAUACACUCUCGCCUGGCCUGCCUUCUCCUCUGAAUUUGGGGACGGGAGGUCACCACCGCAUCGCCAUGGCUCCCGCCGCCGCCCGCCUCCUUCCAGCCGCCAUGCCUACAACCCCUCACCGUCCCCUGAACUGGUGCAGGUCAGCCGCCGCACGCCGCCCUUCCCCUAGCAUGCGGCUUCUCCGCUCAAACUCGCGGCUCCUGGUCGUCGCCUCCGCGCAGUCCAACCUCUCCAAAGCUGUUCAAAAAACAUGGAGGGUCAGUAAGGAAGCCGUGGAUGCUGGAAGUGCUCUUGUCCCAGAUUCAGUUCCACGCCCAAUUGCUAGGAUAGGCGUGACAUUUGUUGCCGUGUCUGUCGCCCUUUUUCUGCUCAAGUCCGUCAUUUCCACCGCAUUGUUUGUACUGGCGAUGAUGGGGCUUAUAUACUUCGCCUUCCUGGCGAUGAACCCGAAAGAGGGCUCCAGGAGCAUGGAUGAAGGAGACAGUCCUUCGUCGGACGACCCCGCCGAAGAAGCCCGUCGCAUAAUGGAGAAAUACAAGUGA